AUAUUGGGGGUAAGGAGCUGUCCAUUCAGCACCACCAGGAGCCUCAUAUAACCCUUAUGGGAAAGACAAUAAACAAAUUAAAUGUAGAUUAUACAACAGGAAAUAGAUGCACUCGAUGGCAAUAGCGCGGUUAUCAUAAAGCAGAUGUCAACGCCGUCUGUUUGCACAAAUCCUGCAGAUUUGAAGCAUUUGGUGGCAGCACUUCUGAAGCAGCAGGCUCACAUACGUAGAGAAGACUGAGACUUUCAGUCAGUGACGCCGAGCUGCACAACAACAAGCCUCUCCUUCAGCCUGCUUUCCACACUUGACUAUCCUGAUUUUGUUUGUUUUUUUUGCACACUGCAAAGAGAACUCUGCAUCCCAGGUACAGCGAUCCGUCAUGAACUCUGGAAGCAGGCACUGAGACGAGACAGAGAUGCUGAUGUCUGGGAUGCUCCAUCGCCUCCUCCUGGCUGGGACCUGUCUCUGUGUCUAUGGAGCCCCUGUCCACCUCCCAAACUUCACCCCCACACAGGACAGCGACUGUGAUGGGCAGUGUGCCAGCUCAGUGACAACUGUUGGGUCAACGCACACUACAGAUGUAAAGUCUGAACCCUCAGAUACAGAACAUGUGACUGGCCUGCUAUUGAAUGCAGGUUCAGAAGGAGGGGCUGGCCCACUUGGACAUCCUGAGGGGAUAGCUCCAGUGACGCAGACCGAAAAUGGGGACAGUCUUGAUAGAAGAUCUGGGUCGAGUGAUGCUGGCGGAGAGGCAUGGAGCCAAAGGAGCGGGGUAAAGAAGGUCGGGAGCUUAUCAGAGAUGGGAGACGCUUCAGUGCUGUCUGUUGAUCCAGAAGAUAAGGAGGACAUACCUGUCAUCAAGCCUGCGUUAAGUCCCACACGUGGGAGAAAGCAGUUGGACACAGCCGUGAGUACCACAGGUUUUACUCCAGAUGGAUUUUUAGCCUCCUCAAGAGUGCCACCACAGCUGAGCAUCACCGCCAGGGAGGACAAAGACCAAGGUGAGGAAGACCGAGCAAACCUGCCUGGUUAUGGUGAUUCUCUCCAGGACAAAGAUCCAGAAACAAGCUUGCCAUCCUCUACAGAACCUCCAAAUACUGAAGAACGGAUCCAGAAACUGACCUCCCACAGUCCCACCCUUCCCUCGGUCUUUGUCUCCCCUCUGACCUCCACACAUUUGCCAAUUUGGGGCCAUGAUGGAGCUACAAUAUUCUCCCUCACAGACCCUUUGUUACCUGAAAUCGGACUAAACCUGAUGCCCAGAGAGGAUGGACCAGAAAGCCUGUGGACUGAGGCGGCGAGGCCCGGUGGUGUUACAGUGGACACUGUGGUCCCGCCAUCUCAGGAUGAAGCCACAGAGGGCACCAUGUCGUCUGAGGCUCUCCCUCUCAUCUUUGAGCCUUUCGAAGAUGUCACACCGGAGGGGGCAGCAGCAGAAGCAGUGGCAGAGGUCACGCUGGUGCCCGGCAGCGCUCAGCCUCCUGCUGCCAUGGUGACCCGAGAAAUGCCUCAGUCAGAAGUGGAUUUGGACCAGCUGGUCACGGUGGAGACAGACAGCGACGGCCCCUCGCAUGCCCCACCCCUGCUGAUGCCAGACUGGACGCUACCUUGGCAGACGUCUGGCGGGGAGCUCCUGGAGCCAAUCAGCUCCUUAGGUCCAUCGGUUUCACAGCAGCAGGCGGCAACUGAGCCGGAGGAUCACUCUGAGAGAGGUGCUGCUAAGACGCCAAACCGUGAAGAGAACUUGCCCACCAUUGGCCCCUCCUUCUCAUCCUUCCAGCAUUCUAUGACAACGGUAACCAUGGCAACCCAUCACCCGGCGCACAGAUCCAGAUCAGGGUUGGAGGAGAUGGAGUCUGAGGAGGAGCCAGAUGAAGAUGAGGAGGAUGAGAACUCGGAGGAAUCGGUGGAGGAUGAGAGCGAGGAGGACCUGACAGAAACACCUAAAACAUUCUCAACGCAGCCUCCGUACAGCCCCAUCCCUCCACCUCCUGUCUGGGUUCAACGCAACCAGGGGCUGAUGCGGAGCUGGGUGGAGCUGAUCAGAGAAAAGGCAGGUUAUGUGUCUGGGAUGUUGGCCCCUGUGGGCAUUGGCAUCACUGGGGCCCUGCUGAUCGUUGGCGCCCUCUACAGCAUCAGGAUGAUUCACCGCAAGAGGAGGAACAGCUUCAAACACCAGAGGAGGAAGGUCAGGCAGCCAGAGCAACCUCGAGAGCCCGGGACCAGCCGUCAGGACCAGGCCAUGCUGUUGGCUGACAGCUCCGAGGAUGAGUUCUGAUAGACCCUUUUGGGCUCCUUUUGUCAGUGACCAACGGCUGAUGCUGCUGUAAAGGAGGGUCGGAAAACACUCCCAUCGCUAUGACUACCACAUCUCCAAUCACCCUGGGCUGUUUGGCUAUGACUCAUCUGAUCCACAGAGUGCGACUGAAAAUAGGGCACAAUUUGCACAGGCUGCACAAAGGUCAGCUUUGUAUCUAAAAGUACCAAUGGGAGCACUUUUCUGAAUGUCGUCAGGUGACUAAUGGCUUGGCAGGGCUGGCGUGAUAAACUUUGACAUAAAAAUUUAUAUUAAUGCUUGUAAAAAAAAUAAAUAAAUAAAAAAGCAUUAGCAGGGUAUUGGCAGGAUGAGAGUGUUGCUGGUAAACUGUUGGAGUUGAGGGGGAAAAUGUGGACCAGCGGGUGUUAAUAAUAAAAAAAAGGGCUGUAGAAGAGUUACAUCAAUGUAAAUAUACAGUAUGUACUGUAUAUGUAGCUGGCUUGGGGUCAGUCAUUUCAUUUUAAUGUAUAUAAAGUUGUAUUUCUUGCUAUACAUUUAGGAUAUUUAAAGGAAUUGUUCAACAUUUUGGGAAAUACGCUUAUUCGCUUUCUUUCUCUACAAGAAAUUGGAAAAGCGUGUUUCCCAAAAAUGCUGAACCAUUUCCUUAAAGCAAGAUUUCCUCCCAUUUCAGAAACCUUCACAUACAAAUCAUUUCAACUAAUGCUUCGUUUAAAUGUGAAUUUUGUGGAAAUGUAAAUGUUUUAUUCAAAGGCAUUUGUUCAUAAAAGUUACUGUGAGACGCACAUACAAAAUACCAUAAUCCUACAAAAGUAUGUAGCAUAAAACAGAUUUUGAUGUACAAUAUAACUCUUAAUACGAAUUCAUUCUUUUGCCACUUUAAGUGCAUGACUACUAAGUCUAUUCCCACUACUAAGACUAUACACAGGCCCGCUGCAGAGACUUCUUUCGGAUGAAUGCAGGGUUUAUGUUGGCUGAAAAAGCACAAACAUUGAAAACAAGUUCAUAUUUUCACAAGUUCAAAUUUCUCAUUUUUACACAACAGUGUCUUUUGUGUUAAUCUGGUUCAAACAAGGGCAGAUAAAGCAACCGUUUUGGCCAACACGUCCGGCCCAGCGUCACAUUGCUGAGAUGUAAUAUGUAGUCCAAUCAAGUCCUUACGUUUUGAGGAAAAGUCAUUUCAUAAAAUCGGCUGUAGUUGAGACAAAUAAGAUGCAAGAAAUAUUUGAACACUACUCAUUUGAGCCAUGUCUGUAACACCACGCAAAGUAUUGUCUUUUGUUUAAAGAAAAUAUAUUUUCUGUAAGUUCAUCGCCAUCUGAUAAAGAAAUGUACUGCCUGUUUGUAUGCAAUAAUACUGUUUUAUGGUUAAGUGUAAUGUAAAAAUAGGACACUUUUGUCUCUUUAUGUAGAUAUGAAACAUGUGAUCUAAUAAACAAUUCUUUAA